AAAACAGAACGUCGCCGAUGUGUCUAUAACGUACUAUCAAUGCAAGCAAUUGCACUAGAAGGAGAUUGUUUAUACUUUUGAGGUGUUGGCAAUCACUCUUUAUAAAAAGAAAUUAUGACCACCCAUCGGAGUAAUUAAGAUAGUGAUUUGCAGUGAUUGUUACGUGAAGUUUCAAUAUACCUAGUGUUUGGAACAAACUUUGUGUGUUUUCUAUAGUGCUAGGAUUGAGACAAAAAUAAUGGCUAAACAGAUCACCGAAAAUCCGUACGGUCAGUUUUCGACCGAGGACUAUACGGUGUUUGCGGUGAUGUUAAGUGUGUCGGCGGCAAUCGGGGUAUAUUUUGGUUUCUUCCAGGGGAAGAAACAGCAAACCACAGAGGACUAUCUUCUGGGUGGUCGACAGAUGAAAACUUUGCCGAUUGCGGUUUCAUUGAUUGCCAGCCAACUAUCCGGUGUCUCCAUCAUGUCUGUCCCAGCGGAAAUGUACUCCUACGGCGCACAGUACUGGAUUAUCGCGCCGACGAUGCUUUUCAUUGUGCUGAUUAUCAACUAUGUGUUCGUACCGGUAUUCUAUAACAAUCAAAUCGUCAACUGCUAUCAGUACCUCGAGGAUCGGUUUAGCCCGACGGUGAAAAAGUUCGUUACCGCAACGUACGUUCUGAAUAUCUAUCUGAUCCUACCGAUUUUCAUCUUCAUCCCUUCGUUGGCUUUCGCCCAGGUUACGGGCACUAACGUGCAUACGAUCAAUGGAAUCGUGUGUUGUGUGUGCGUUUUCUAUACCAUGCUCGGGGGUAUCAAAGCCGUCGUGUGGACCGAUGUAGUGCAAGGACUUAUCAUGUUUGCUUCAUGUUUCCUGGUGGUGGCGAUCGGCGUUUAUAAAGUUGGCGGCUUCUCUGAGGUAUUCACGAGAGCAGCGGCCGGAAAUAGGCUUGAACUAUUCGACAUGAAUCCUAACGUCAUGGCGAGGCAGACGUUCUGGACUGCCAGCGUGGGGAAUAUAUUUCUGUGGACAGGUUAUCUGGGAUUGAAUCAAAGUUGCGUCCAGCGAAUGGUAGCGGUACCGAGUAUAAAGCAUGCACGGGCAGCAUUAUGGAUUUUCUGUGCUGGAUUCAUUGUUAUUACCAGUUUAAACUGCUUCACAGGAGUGGUUAUUUUCGCUAAAUACUUCGAUUGCGAUCCAAUUAAAGUGAAGUUGGUAGAGAAAGCUGAUAAGCUGUUGCCAUUCUUUGUACAAGACGUUGUGGGUAAUCUAAAAGGAAUGCCUGGGGUUUUUAUUUCGUGCGUAUUCAGUGCUGGAUUGAGCACAAUGUCUGCCAAUCUUAAUUCUAUAGCCGGAAUAAUCUAUGAGGAUUACAUCCGGCCAUUUAAACUGUUUAAACAUUCUGAUGCUUCCGCAAAUUUCACUAUGAAGCUAUUGAUCUUAUUCAGUGGAUUGUACUGCAUCGUAAUGGGUUUGGUGGUGGAACAGUUUGGCCACAUCCUGCAGAUGGUGGUAACCAUCGCCAGUGUCACGCAGGGAGCAGUGAUGGGCAUAUUUUGUCUUGGUAUGCUCUGGCCUUGGGCCAACAAGCAUGGAGCCUUGUGGGGAUCGGCAGCUAGCGUGAUUGGGGUUUCGUGGAUCAUCGUCGGUGGAGCCGUCACAAAUGGAGCCCUCAGUUACCCACCGAAACCUACAAGCGUGGACGGUUGCGGCGACUAUGGGUUCAACGUAACGCAAACGUUUUCUCAACCGACGCUUCCGGAAACCAGCCAGGAAUUUUCUAUUUAUAAGAUCUCAUUCGUGUGGUACUCAACGGUCGGCACAUUGCUGGUAUUUCUGGUCGGUAUGCCGGUUAGUUACUUAACAGGUUCACAGGAUUUGAACCAAAUUUGCGCUAAGCUGAUAGCGCCCGUGGCACAAUGGAUGUUGCCUCAUGAGAUGACCGCCAGUGAACUUACAAUUGAAACGGACGAUGAAAAAAUUGAGGACCUCCAGAUUAAGCAGCGAUGGGUAUUGCCCCCAGCGCAGGAGCACGAUGGGAACAAAAUAAGUAGAGUUGGUGAACAUAUAUUAUAACACAUCUUGAUGCAAAGUCUGGUAGUCUAGAUAAUUGUAUAAUUUGAUAGGCAAUAUUAACUGACUUAGUAUACUUAAACUUACUAGUAAUUGUGCAGUCUAUUGCCGUAGAGUUAACUUUUUUUAAAAAUAAUGAGAUGAAUUUUUCUUGGGUAACUUUCGAUGGACUUUAUCUGAGUGAUAGCAAUGUGAAAAUUUGCUUACUAUGCAAUAUUAUCAACGGUUAUUUUUUCAACCAAAAAGGAUUUUGUGUUGUAAUUUGAUGAAAUGAGCAUGACUG